AUGGCUGAAGCUUGGUACUACGUGGACGAUGCCACCAACGCCCAGCAAGGGCCGUGCACGAUCCCGGAGCUGGAGAGGCUCUAUGCGUCCUCCUCCGUGACCGACUCAACGCUCUUCUGGAAGGACGGGCAGGCGGAUUGGUCGGCUCUGUCAGCCUUGCCCUCGCUGCACGCCCAGGUCACGGCUCCGCCGCAGCGCGGUCCGCCGGCCUUGCCAGCGAAGACGCUCCCGCCGGUGCCCGCUAAGCCUAGGGCGGGAGGAGGGGGGGGCGGGGCGUACGCAGCGGCGCAGGCUAGUGGAGCCGUAGUUCAGAGCAUGUCAGUGUUAGGUUAG